AUGGACUCCCAGUGGCAGCAGGGCUACGCCGAUCAGGCCGGCUCUGCGAGGAGAUACAAUGGCAGCGGCGCUCAGAUGCCUCGUGGGGAGUACAACGGUCAACCAGGUCCGCAAGGCCAGCCUUCUGCCGGCUACAGGCACGACCAGUAUCAAAGCCCUGGCGGCAUAUCCUCUCACGCUGCAAGUGCCGCCGCCUCGCCCAUGUCCACCCCCCAGAUGCGCGACAACAACGGCGACAUCCCCAUGCACGACGUUCAGGACUCGUACGCCGGCAUGAAAUACCCCAUGAGGCCCCAUCACCAGUCUCACCUCUCCGGCAGCCGCUCAUCCACCCUCUACUCUCCUCAGGAGCCCUCGGCUGCUGCCCAACGGUACUCGCCAAUGGAGGCACUAUCCCCCACCUCGCCUUAUGCGCCAAAGUCGGCGCAAGGUCAGUUCUCGUCGCCUCCAGGCCAACGACAGUCUCCGACGAGGCAGCCCGAUUACAUGCCCCAUAGUCCUCACUACGGUGGCCGUCAACAAGCCCCGCAGCUUCCUCCGAUCGCGCCGUACGGUUCCUCCCAUGACGGCUACCCGUCCGCUGUCGUUGCCAACAUUGACGGCGCCUUUGCAACCGACCCCAAGUCACCCCGCCGCCCUAUUCCGCAAGCCAUGGUUCGAGGUCCUGCGCCCGAAUUCAGACAAAUCAGAGCUCCGACGGACCUUCGACCCAAGGUUAACUCUCAACCUCCAUUCCGCCGUGCGAACCCCGAAGGAGGAUUCAUCAGCCCUCUCCAAGCGCUCACGGUGCAUCUUCCUGCUACCUACAGGAUCUGCAACCCGAACUUCAAAUACGAGUCGUCGCGAAACCCCCGCCGAGUACUCACGAAGCCGAGCAAGGGUGUCAAGAACGAUGGAUACGACAACGAAGACAGCGACUAUAUCCUCUAUGUGAACGACAUUCUGGGCUCAGAGGAAGCCGGCCACAAGAACCGGUACCUUAUUCUCGACGUUCUGGGCCAGGGAACCUUCGGCCAAGUUGUCAAAUGUCAAAACCUCAAGACUCAAGAAGUUGUUGCCGUCAAGGUCAUCAAAAAUCGCACGGCAUACUUCAACCAGAGUAUGAUGGAGGUCUCUGUCCUGGACUUGCUCAACACCAAGCUCGACAAGAACGACGACCACCACCUUUUGCGACUCAAAGACACCUUCAUUCACCGGCAACAUUUGUGCUUGGUCUUCGAGCUCCUCAGUGUCAACCUCUACGAGUUGAUUAAGCAGAACCAGUUCCGAGGUCUAAGCACGACUCUCGUCCGCGUUUUUGCUCAACAACUCCUCAAUGGCCUGGCCCUUUUGAACAAGGCACGGCUGAUUCAUUGCGAUCUGAAGCCCGAAAACAUCCUUCUCAAGAACCUCGAGAGCCCCAUCAUCAAGAUCAUCGAUUUUGGUUCAGCAUGCGACGAACGGCAAACAGUCUACACCUACAUUCAGUCCAGGUUUUACCGGUCUCCCGAAGUUCUGCUGGGCUUGCCCUAUUCGUCGGCCAUCGAUAUGUGGUCGCUCGGCUGUAUCGUAGUGGAACUGUUCCUUGGCCUCCCCUUGUUCCCCGGGUCGUCCGAGUACAACCAAGUCUCGCGCAUUGUUGACAUGCUUGGUAACCCUCAAAAUUGGAUGAUCGAGAUGGGCAAGCAAGCCGGCGAGUUCUUUGAGAAGAGGCAGGACGAGUUCGGACGACGGACAUACCAGCUGAAGAGCAUGGAGCAGUACGCUCGGGAGCACUCGACCAAGGAGCAGCCCAGCAAGAAGUAUUUCCAAGCGAACACUUUGCCGGAGAUCAUCAAGUCGUACCCUAUGCCACGCAAAAACAUGAAGCAGAGCGAGAUCGACAGAGAAAUGAACAACAGAGUCGCCUUUAUCGAUUUCGUCCGGGGUCUGCUCAAUAUCAACCCGCUGGAACGUUGGUCACCGCAACAGGCCAAGCUCCACCCGUUCAUCACCCAGCAGAAGUUCACCGGUCCAUUCGUCCCGCCCAUGAACUUGAAGUCGAGCUCUCUGAACCGGUCUCCAGCACCAGGCACCCAGCAGCAGCAGCAAGCCGAAGCAUUGAGCAAGCAGAGGGCACAGGCCGCCCAGGCGCAAGCGAACUCUGCGGCACAGGGGGCCUAUGCACAGAUGGCUGCUCAAUAUCAACAACCCACACACCCUCAGCAGGCGCCCAUGUACAAUAACCAACAAAUGUACUCUCCUAGCAACAGUCAUGCAGCCCAGCCGCCGCCCUACGGAGCCCAGCAGCAAGGCGCCUAUGGUCAAAUUGUCAUGCCUCAGCAGCCGGCGCAGAUGCCUCCUGGACCUUAUGCGAAUGCAUCCCAACAACCUGGCCUGUAUCCUCAGCAGGGCAUGCGGCCGGCACGCCAACGUGCCUCAACCAUGGAGCAGCAGCAAAGCGGUAUUCCAGCCGCCAUCCAGCGCGUGGCUAGUCACCUUGACCCGAGCCAGCCGAUCCGUUUGCAGCCUAGCCCUGCUUACUACCCCCCUGGUGCCGACGGUGGGAUGGCAGGCAUGGACAAUGCGGCUAAUAGGGCCGGUAGACGUGGAAGUCGAGCGCAGCAAGGAGGAGGAAGAGGAAACCGAGACUUCAUUCGCAACCUCGAGGAGCGAACGCUCGAAGAAGGCUUCAUGGGGAGCCAGAAUCCCUGGCAUUGA